GUCUUUUUCAACUUUUUACUCCGGUGGAAAAAUUCUCUCUCUCUCUCUCCUUUUCUCUUUUACUAGCUACAACUUUUUAUGAUUUUUGCCCUACUUGGGCUGUUGAGCCCUGUUUUUCUUAACAACCCAACAUACAACUUUCAGUUGGAUUCCGCUGUUCUGAGUUCUUGAUUCUUGAUUCUUGAUCUUUCAGCAUGGGGGUUUAUCUAAAAACACGCACUGCUGUGGGUUUUUGUAUUAAAAAAUCACUGUUUCUAUCGUGUUCGUGGUCACUGUCUUUGGUGUAUUAAUCAAAUAUAUAGUUGGAUUCCCUUAAAUAUCUGUAUAUCUCGAUUAACAUUAGUCAUGGAUGAAUUAUACAGACUUAAUUCCUCGAUUUCAUUUCCUAUUGAUAAUAGUAUUGAAGGGUUUAGUGAUCAUCACAGUUAUCAUCUGGGUUUAAUACAACAAGCUCAUGCUCACCAUGAGAUCACUGGAUCAGAAAUUUCAGAUAUAAUCAAGGCCCAGAUUGCUAAUCAUCCUCUUUAUCCUAAUUUAGUAUCUGCCUACAUCAAGUGUCGAAAGGUGGGAGCACCACCAGAAACGGUUUCACUUCUUGAAGAGAUCAGCACAGAAACCAACCCUAUUUAUGCCUCCUCUCAAAUUGGAACUGAUCCUGAACUUGAUAAAUUUAUGGAAUCCUAUUGUGAGGUUUUACACAAAUACACGGAGGAAAUAUCAAAGCCAUUUGAUGAAGCCACAAAUUUCUUGAGCAACAUUGAAUCUCAGCUUCGUGAUCUCUGCAAAGAAACCUUAUCUUCAACUACGAAUUCUUCCUUGACUUCUGUUAACUAUAAUUCUCCAGAUGAUGCAGGUGGUGCGUCGGAUGGGGAAAUGAGCUGUGGAGAAUUUGAAAUAUUUGAAAGUCCAGAAUCAAGUGAUGCCCGUCAAGGAGAACAGGAGCUCAAAGAAAUGCUAAUGCGCAAGUACAGUGGCUAUCUUAGCAAUUUGAGACAGGAAUUCUUGAAGAAAAGGAAGAAAGGCAAAUUGCCGAAGGCUGCAAGAACUGCAUUACUUGACUGGUGGAACACACACUACCGGUGGCCAUAUCCCACGGAAGAGGAGAAAAAUAGGCUAAUACAGAUUACUCAGUUAGACCACAAGCAGAUCAAUAAUUGGUUCAUAAACCAAAGGAAGCGACACUGGAGACCGUCUGAAGACAUGAGAAUUGCUCUGGUAGAAGGUGUUAGUGGUGGUAUUGCAGAAUCCUUGUACUUUGAUGAUGCAGGCGGGACUGGAGACAUCGGCACUUGAAUACACUACUAUAUGUGAAAAAGUAUGCAUUCUAUUUCCUUUGAAAUGAUAGCAUAGUUUGUGCAACUUUAAUGUAACUGAAGGACUUGACCGUGCGCCAGAUUUGAUCUUAUGAAAGAUUAAAUCCUGUGUGGACAAUUGAAAACAGCUUGUUCGGCCAUUAUCGACUUGUUUCUAAUGUAAUUGUCAUGUUCGUUAAAACGUUGUGAAUAUUUAUCUGGGAGACUCUAAUGCAGCACUUUGUUGUCAUAGAUAACUAAAACCUUGUGUCGAUUAUAGAUUUUUAA